AUGGACUGGUGUAUCGGCUACCGGGACUGGUGUAUCGGCUACCGGGAUGUGCCGAGGUUUCCGCCGUCGGUAGAUAAGGUGGGUGGGCUCGAGAGAGCGAAAGGAGUGCAGGGAGAACCUUUACCGUGGGCAACUCGUUGGUUGAGGACGACGACGAGGAAGAGACGGGGCACACACAUGGGUGGCACACUACCCGCGACGUUGUGGAGGUUGCUGGUGGGCUACAGAGAUUGCUGGUGGGAGUCGCCGAAGGUGGCGCCGGCUCGGUACGAGGCUCGGUACGAGGCUCGGUACGAGGCUCGGUACGAGGCUCGGUUCACAGUGAGAGGGCGGCCCUACAAGGCAAGGAUGAGGCACCUGGAACCAUGGUUGCGUGGAGAGCUGGAGGUGCAGGUGAGGAAGCAGUUGGAGAUGGGAGUAAUCCGGCCGUCCAAGAGCGAGUGGGCCGCAGCACCGCACUUCGUAAAGAAGAAGAUGGGAGAGUGGCGAUGUGUGCUAGACUAUCGGCGCUUGAACGAGUCAAUGGUUGCGGACUCCUAUCCGAUUUCGAGUAUCUGGGUUCACCUAAGGACUGCGGCGGGCCAUCGUAUUUACUGUACGCUUGACAUGUCGUCAGCGUUCUGGAAUGUACCCAUCGCUGAGGAGAGUAAGCAUCUUACUGCGUUCGUCACGCCAUUUGGGCUUUUCGAGUUUGAGCGCAAUGGACGCGUCUUUCGAGGAGGUGCUGGACAUUAG